AUGCCGUUCUACUUCGCCAUAAUAGGUCAUAAAGACAACCCUAUCUAUGAGGUUGAGUUCAUUUCACUGCAGCAGUCCUUUCCACCAGACUUAAAGGAGCUGAACCCAUUUAUCCUACAUGCUUCGCUAGACAUAAUAGAAGACUUACAGUGGCAGUCUACGCACUCAGCGUCCCUAGCAAGCAGUGUUGGCAACUCUGGAAGCAGCGGAGGCGGAUCCUUCUUGCGCUCCAGGCAUACCCAUGGUGGGGCUGGUGCGCCCGGUAGCUGUUACUUGUCCAAGGUGGACAACUUCUACGGCCUAUCGAUUACGGGAUACAUAACAUACGGAAACAUGAAGUUUGUCAUGAUCCAUGGGACCCAGAAUGGAGCGCCUGUAUCUGUCGAUGAUGGGAUGCUAAAAAGUUUUUAUCAGGAAGUGCACGAGCUCUACAUCAAAACGCUCAUGAAUCCCUUUUAUAAGGUUGACGAACCUAUAACAAGCCCCACCUUUGACUGGAAAGUGAAGCAGCUUGCCAAGAAGUACCUGGUGAAAUAG